AUGUCCAAACAAGAAUUUAAAUUGUUCUCCUCAUUGACUCUCGGAAGCAAUGGAAGCACUUCCUUUAAAUUGAAACACCGAGUGGCUAUGGCCCCACUCACCAGAUGCCGAGCAGUCGCAGGAGAUUGUGAGCAUACAGACCUUGGAGUUACCUAUUAUCAACAACGAAGCUCGGAAGGAGGUUUAAUCAUCUCUGAGGCUACACAAAUCACACCACAAGGACAAGGCUAUCCAGCCACUCCUGGUAUCUACUCCAGUGCUCAAAUUGAGGCCUGGAAGAAGAUUACUGAUGCCGUUCACAAAAAAGGUGGAAUCAUUGCUUGUCAAUUGUGGCAUGUGGGUAGAGUAAGAUGGGCUGAUUCCGUGAGUUCAUCCUCAGUGGCAUUGGGAGAACAUGCUACCGAUUUGAAAACCAUGCAACAAGUACCUGCUGAAGCACCAAGAGCGUUAACCGUUGAAGAGAUUAAGCAGGUGGUAGAGCAAUACGGUGUGGCCGCUAAGAAUGCCAUUGAGGCUGGAUUUGACCUUGUUGAACUUCAUGCAGCAAACGGAUAUCUCAUUGAUCAAUUUUUACAAGACGGAGUGAACAAGAGAACUGAUGAAUAUGGAGGUUCCAUUGAGAAUAGAAUUCGAUUUUUGAAAGAAGUCGUGGAAUCAGUUCUCUCCCACCUCAAUAACGAGUCCUAUCGUGUCGGUGUCAGAAUUAGUCCUUCUGGAGUGUUCAAUAACAUGUCUGAUUCGAAUCCUCAAGAGUUAUUUACUGAGGUGGCCAAGUUGUUGAACAAUUAUAACUUGGCAUACUUGCAUGUGAUUGAGCCUAGAUCCAACUUUACCUACUCAAAGGCAGCGGAAGAAGUUGAGGCGAUGGCUACUGUAGCUUGUAAACAAUUGAGACCCUACUUUUCAAAUCCAAUAAUUGCAGCUGGUGGAUUUAACAGACAAACAGCCAUUGAUAUUGUUGAAUCUGGUGAUGCUGAUCUUGUGGCAUUUGGACGUUACUUUAUUUCAAAUCCUGAUUUACCAUUGAGAUUUGAAAAGAACUUGCCAUUGAAUGUAUACAAUAGAGAGUCGUUCUAUUAUUCUGCAGAUAUGGUUACUGGAUACACUGAUUAUCCUUUCUAUUCUGAAGAGCAAUAA